AUGGACAGCCUAAGUCCCAAAGUAAAUUCUCUCUCUUAUCAUACAAAUACAAAAAUGGAUAUUACAACCAUAUUCGAAAAAUAUAAAAAGACACAUAAUAAAUUAAGUCCACUUCCUUUGAAUCAAUUUUAUCCUAUGGCAAUAAAUGAGAAUUGUGAUUUACUUCAAAUGUAACCAGAUAGUGAUGUUUAAAACUUUGUUUCAUUUAGAGAACUAAAUUAAGGGGCAGUUUCAGAAUUAAAACGAUCAUUGUAAUAAUCAAAAAUGGUUUGGAAUAAUUACAGUAAAUAUCUAUUUGGAGAGCCAUCAUUAGAUGAGAUAGAAAUGGAUAGUGUUGAUCAAUAACAAUUUUAUACAUCUCGAAAAUUAUAAUUAAUUCAUAAUAGAGAGACAUUUCAUAAAAUGAGGAAGUAAUACAAAUAAUAAGAAGAAGAUUAAAUAAACUAAGUUAAAUAAGCAUUAAAAAAGAUUCAUACAUAAACAAAUGGAAUAAAAGUCUAUCCUUCAUUAGCAUAUUAAGAUUAAUAAAAGUUGGAAUUACUUAGAAAAUAGGUAAGAUUAGGAGGUGUUUAAUAAUUAUAAGAAAGAAACUCUGAUGCUUAAUAAUUAUAAAAAAGAAUACUUGAAUCAUAAGUGGCAUUAAAUUAAAUUAAAAAAUAAUUUGCUUAUGCUUAUAAUUAUGAUUAUAAUUUCUGGGGUCCAUGUUCAAGAGAUGGAAGUUCUAUGGUUACAUUUGAUAGAAAACUUUAUUUAUAUGGAGGUUCUAGUUCAGUAUAAUAAGAGGAUUUAUGUGUGGCCAUAGUUGAUAAAUGUAAUAUAUAAAUAUAGAAACUAGAAUUUUAUAAAUGGAGCCCUUAAAAAUUAGAUGAAAAAUCUAUACAUGGAUACAGAGUUCAUCACACUGCUGGAAUCUAUAAGAAUUUUAUGAUUCUAUUUGGUGGAGAAAUUCAUAUUGAAUAAUCUAAUCAUAAACUAAUUAGUGAAUGCACCAGUGAUAUUAAAACAAUUUCAUUGAGUAAACAUUAUUUGAAUGUAUAAAGCAUCUUUUGAUAUUAAAUUGAUCAAAUAGCCUGGCACUAUUCCUCCAAGAAAAUGUCACAUAGGUGAAAUAAUUGGAAGAUCUUUAUUGAUUUUUGGAGGAAUAGAUAACAGAGGCAAUUAUAUGAAAGAUUUACUUUGUUAUGAUAUAUCAUAAUCUAAAUGGGUCUCAUUGAAUGUAGAUCCAUUUGAUUUAUAUGCAAAUGGAAUUGCUUUUCAUAAAUCUUGUUUGGUCACAUAGAAUAAAUUUUGUGAUAUUUAUAGACAAGAUCCUGAUCUAAAGUUUUCAAAUUAAGGAAUUUAUGUAUUUGGAGGCCAAGAUAAAUUUGGAAAUUAUUUAGAUACUUUUAUUCGUAUUGAUGUAUACUAAAAACCUAUUCGUAUUGAGUAAGUUGAUUACAAAGGAAGUGGUCCUAGUAAGAAAUUAUUAUUAAUUUUUAAGUUGCUAGAUGUCAACAUUCCAUGAAUUACAAUGAAGUUUUAAGUGCAAUAGUUGUAUAUGGUGGAAAAAAUGAUGACAAUACUAUUGAAGGAUUCUUAAAUGAUUUAUUUUUAUUUGAUGUUAAGAAUUCCUCUUGGAUUUAAUUAGAAUUAAAAGGAGCAUAAAUGCCUGGAAGAUGUGGUCAUUCUUCUUCUUGUAUAGAUACUAAAAUUUUCAUUUUUGGUGGAUACAAUUAUAAUGGUUUUGUAAAAAGUGAUGUCUUAGUUAUAGAAUUAGACUCGAAUAUUUCGCAUUAAUUAAUUUAAUCUGAUAAAAUAAAUGAAGAUAAACCAAGAAACUCAAAAAUUAGAGUAUCUUUUCAUUAAUUACCAGAAAAAAGAAAAACUAUUGAUAAAACUAAUGAAAGGAAAAAAGAAAUUGAAAAAUUAAAUUUUAAAAAUUCUCAUUCAUUCUUACCUAUGCCUAGAAGAGUCACAAUGCUCAUAAAUGCUAUGAGAUUUGGAUAAGAACCUAAAUCAAAUACUGAAGGAUCUGGUUCCAAUUCAAAUAAAAAUUCACCCAAAGAUGGUACAAGAAGACCUCAUCGUAAUAUGACUAUGAUUAUUGAAGGCAAAUAAGAAAAAUGA